AUUUCUUACUUGAACUGUCAAUAUGUUUCUCAAUUACGAUCUGGUGGAUGUCUUCACAGCCACACCUUUUUUAGGAAAUCCCCUGGCCAUUGUGCGAGUGCCUGCAAGCUAUCGGUCCACCCUAUCACAAGAAACCAAGCAAAAGAUUGCAGUCGAGUUCAAUCUCUCCGAGACAAUAUUUCUACAUGAACCUUCGGAGGGUUGCCAAGACCCUCUAGAGACUCUUGCAAUCGAUACUUUCACACCCAAAUGUGAAAUUCCGUUUGCCGGCCACCCCACGAUUGGAACGGCAGCCUACAUCUUUCAGAACUUCCCUGGAGCUGAGUCUGGAAUAUUCAAAGCGUUGGUGACCAAAGCCGGACAUAUUCCCGUGUCGCAAGAUUCGGCAACCGGUCUAGUCAGCGCUUCUAUCCCACAAGAUUAUCAUAUGCACCAGGCGCGCAUCCCAUCCAACGUGACCAUAUCCGAUGCCUCGCCCGUUGUGUCCCUUGCCAAAGGACUUUCGUUCGUGCUAGCAGAGCUCCGUGACGUCGAGAUUUUGGCAAGGAUUUCCAGCGGAUUGCUGAAGGAUUGUGUCAACCCGCAGAACUUGGAUGAAGGAUGGAACGUUGGUCUUAUUGGGACAAAAUACUUUGUUGACCUUGGAAAAGAUGAUCAGGGAUGCCGACAGCUCAGAACCAGGAUGUUCGUCACCUGGGAGGAUCCUGGGACAGGCAGCGCUUCCAGUGCACUUGCCUGCUUUCUAGCAUUGAGGGAAACAAAGGAGCAGGGAAGUGGACCGUUCCACUAUCACAUUAUCCAGGGAGUGGAGAUGGGACGAAGGAAUGAUAUAUAUGUCCGGGUUUCUCGCAGCGAAGAUGGAGAGAAGAUAUCCGAAGUUCUGCUUCAAGGUGCCUCUGUCUCGGUCGGUGAAGGGAGAAUUGCAGUCUAG